GAACCAAACAUUUACUCACGCCAGGACUUUUCAUAUUUCGGCCCCAGGAUCGUGUGGAUCCGGGUGUAUGCGCACUAUCUCCUGCUGUCCUGGAUGCUCCACAGAUUCACACAGGAGGCUGAAGCUGCUGCAUCACUCAUUUUGAAUAUAUCGCACUAAAAUAGCGGUAGUCCCAGCCGUAGGAACUUGAACUAACGCAGGUAGAGGUGCAGCACAGGGGCGGCUGUUUUGUGUAGCUACAGUGCCGGUGGAGAUGGAGCGGUGGAAAGGCAGAGUGGCCCUGGUGACCGGCGCCUCGGUGGGAAUUGGAGCCGCUGUAGCCCGGGCACUGGUCCAGCAAGGCAUGAGGGUUGUCGGCUGUGCCAGGAAUGUCGACAAAAUAGAGCUCUUGGCGGCAGAAUGUCAGAGUGCAGGCUACAGUGGCACGCUGAUCCCUUACAAAUGUGACCUGUCCAAUGAGGAAGAGAUCCUAUCCAUGUUUUCAGCCAUCAAGACGCUGCACAAGGGCGUAGACGUAUGCAUCAACAAUGCUGGACUGGCCCACAAUGAACCUCUGCUCAGUGGCAGGACAGAAGGCUGGAGGAACAUGAUCGAUGUGAAUGUCUUAGCCUUGUCCAUCUGCACCCGUGAGGCAUACAAAUCAAUGAAGGAGAGGAAUGUGGACGAUGGCCACAUCAUCAAUAUUAAUAGUAUGGGUGGGCACCGAGUGGUGCCAAGUGCUGAUGAGCACUUCUACUGUGCCACUAAAUAUGCUGUGACUGCUCUGACUGAAGGAAUACGGCAAGAGCUUCGAGAGGCAAACACUCACAUCAGAGCCACGUGUAUAUCUCCUGGAAUAGUGGAGACAGAGUUUGCCUUCCGACACCACAACAGUGAUCCAGAAAAGGCAGCUUCAGUGUACGAGAGUAUGAAAUGUUUGAAAGCAGAAGACAUAGCCAGUGCAGUCACAUUUGUCCUCAGUGCCCCUCCUCAUGUCCAGAUUGGAGAUGUGCAGAUGAGGCCAGUAGAGCAGGUGUCAUAGCAGCAGAAGAGGAGGAGCAGACAGACAGACGGCACCAUGGUGACUCCUUAGCAGCCUCUGCUGGGCGAAGAAGGUGGGGGUGGGGUGGGAAGGGUAUUAAAAAAAAAAAAAAAAAAAAUCAACUACAGCUGUGUUGGGUCUGCAAGGGAGAUGGUCAAAGAAGGCUGAAGCCUUAAGGAGUCUGUCCAAUGAAAUGAAGGGUGUGGACUUUGUAAACCACUACAAAAAUACUACUGAAUGCAGCAAACUGGCAUGUGUGAAUUACUGGGCUGAACUGAGCCGACUCCAGACUACAAUAGGAACAAAUAGAGAGAGUUGCUGCUGUGCUGUGUGGGUCAUCUGCUUGGCCAUCACUUCAGAGGGAAGCGUAUGCCAUUGAUUGCACGAUUUUUUUUUUUUUUUUCCCGUUUUUGUUUUUGUUUUUAUAGGUUAUAUGACAUAUCUUUUUGAAAUUAAAUUGAAAGAGUAAUUGCUGUUUAUAAGAGAUGAGUUUUUGGUUUUCAUUUUUCUAAUAAAUAUUUUAACCUUUUAAUUAUAGAUAGAUGUGGGCUCAUAUUAACUAAAACGUAGAUAAGGCUAAAGAAGUCGUACCCACAGCAAGUAGCCAUAAGCAGUCUGUGCGUCCUUCCACCCUGACUACCUGUGUGUUUUCACAAACACGUUUAACACAUUCAUUCCAAACAUAUUCAUAUUCAGCAUAUUCCAUAAGGAGAGAUACCCCUGUACAUGAGGCUUAGGGGGGGGUUCUCCGGUUUUGCCUGUGUAAUUUCAGAUAUUCUGCACUUUGGAUUCAUUUGUGAGGAGUUACAAGAAGGAAACACUGGAAACUUAUGUAGUGGAGGAAACUAACUCUGUGCACAUGUAUUACUAGAACCAUGUACCCUUCUGU